AUGCCACGCAUCUCGUUGCCCGGCAGCAGUCUGCUGCUACUCCUGGCACUGAUCCUGUGCCUCAGUCCUUCAAUCCGGGCGGUGCCCGCCUCCCAGCAGCAGCAACAGCCGGCCGCAGCGAAACGCUCCGAGGAGGCGAGUGCCGUGCCCACGGCGGACAAGAAGUCGAGUCCGGAAAUUGUGCCCGCUUCCUUCAGCAACGCUCCGUCGGCCCGGAACAACCCCGUUCCGGUCUCCAGCCAGCAGCAGCAACAGCAGCAGCAGCAACAGGCGCCGUCCGGAGUCUACGCCCUGCCCUCCAACGAGGAGAUCCUGGCCGCCGUGGCGGCCGCCGCCCAGAACAGCCAGCAGCAGCUGCAGGAGGAGCCCUCCGCGCUGGAGGAGGCGGUGGCCAGCUCCACGAUGCGCAAGCGGGGCAUCAACUACGAGUACAACCCGUACUCGGUGGCCUCCAGCGACUACGGCAGCGACGUGCCCAGUGGCGUCUGGUCCGACGACUACGAGGCCGCCGUGCCCGUCAGCUACGGCGAGCGGGAUCUCCAGGAGAUCGACGACUACGUGCCUGAGCGCAGAGUGGGUGGCUCCAGUGCGCGCAACAAGGCCUACGACAAUCUGCAGAACCUCCUGAAUGCCGAGGCCUACCUGGAGAGCAUUCCGCUCUCCGUGCCGCUGACCUAUGCCAACCGGAACUACAACCUGGAUGACCGCAGCAAGCGCGGCGUCUACUACGACGUGGCCACUCCCGGCGGCAAUGGCGCCAGCAGCCUGGGCAGCGCAAGUGGCUACAAUGGCGAGGGCAUGAGCCUCAGCAAAUACCGACGAUUUAACGACAUGCGACUGAAACGCGACACCCAGCUGAACCCCGCCGACAUGCUGGCCCUGGUCGCCCUGGUGGAGGCCGGAGAACGGGCGCGCAAGGAGAGCGAUGUGGAGAGCGCCGGACCAGUGCCCAUGAUCGCCUCCGAUGACCUGGACUACGUGCCCGCUGGCAGCUGGUUCGAUGUGCCCGUGCAGGCGGAUUACUACGGCGCCGGAGUGCCGCUGGACAGCCAGAACCAGGCGAUGCCCAAGUACGAGUACGUGCCGCGGCAGCACAAGUACAGCGGAGUCAACAGCCGAUUCGGCUCCUCCAAGCAGCGCUACAUGGUGGCCAAGAAGAAGCGCUCGGUGAGCCAGAGCCAGUUCAUGAACGAGCCGGUGGCCGACCGCGGAUCCAGCUAUAAUGGCGAGAAGUACUUCUAAGGAUACCGCGCGCAGAUAGUCUAGUUGUACUUAACGAUAGCCACAGGCCCACGAAGAGUAUUUCUCGUUUUUUUGAGCAUUCAACAUAUGAGCAUAAUCCAAGAAACCAAAAACAAAACAAAAAAUCCAAAUUUCAAUUUGUAAUUCAAUUAUGGUAAUGAGCUAGUGUCAAGGUCAACUCGUGUGCAAUUUUUGUGUAGAACUUCAAUUUUAAACCAACUAACGAGAAUUAAACUAUUGUCGACACUAAAGUGGUGCGUCAGGAACAUAAUCAAUCAGUGCUUAGGAUUUUGUCCCGCGGAAUCCGCACCGAACUAAACCGAAUCUAUAUCUACGCCACCUAAUCCCUGUAAGAAAUCGGUGUCUAUGGCAACUAAUGUACAACUGAAGUACAACUACUGGAAUCCAGCGGAACCGCAACUAUCCGUAUCUACUUGUGUAAUACUUAUCGAACUAGAGGCUUCCCGACUAGUACAAAAUCGAGAGGAGAACGUCAAAUAUGAACAUAUAUAUAUAUAUCAAUCUUAAUCGAGCUCAGAAGCUGCAAGGCUCCUCUAACCGCUUUAAUUUAAUCCAAGCUGAAGAUAAAGCCAACGCCAAGCAAAAUAUUUUUGAUGUUGUUUGAAGCCAUCACAUUCGAACUACACUUUUUAUAAACCCGCGCCGACUUGGGGACAAACGAUCUGACAAUUGAUGAGAAUUUUAAUCGUAUAUAGCGAAUAUCCGCAGCUAAUAUGUUGGUAAAAUAUAUAUAACUAUACGUAUACAAUAUGCUAAACAAUUUGUCGAAAUUAAAAAAUGGCUCAGGGCAUAAAUAUUUGAAAUAUUCUAUGCCGACGUAGGAGGAGGCGUAUCUCUAAUUUGAACGAAAUUGUCUGACUGUUUUUGGUAAUAAUCAAAUAUACAUACAUAUGUACUAUGAAUAUGGUAAAAUAAAUUAUAUUAUACAGAGGUACACUCGACGACGAGUACUUGAAAUGCAUAAAUAGCGAAUAUGUGUGUGUGUAUACAAUACAGAAUCCAAUACAAUCCAGAAUACAUAUAUACACCAAUAUAAUGAACACUCAAGUAACUUGAAUAUUAUAUACUUUCCUCACUCCUUUGGGUCUCUGAAUAUUUGGCCUUUGAUUUACGCCUUAAGUUCUUUGCGCGAGCUUAGUUUGAAGAUACAUUUAUUUACAAGCAACUGAUUUACGAUUAAAUAAAACACGUCUUUGGUUUGAAAACCAACCGAAAUGGGA